UGAAAUACUGAUAGUCUAAUGAACAGUGAUUGCAAAUCUGUGGUGGCUACUUGAUCAGACUCGCUGUACUCAUCAAUUCCUGUAGUGGCUGGGCACAUGGCUCGACAGCGAUCCAGGCUCGACGACUGGGACGAGUUGGAUUUCUCAACAACAGUGUUCCUGCGUAUCUCUUCCAAUUCCCUCAAGUCGUACCGGGGAAGUCUUUUCUAAGUCCGACUCGAAUGUCUGAGAUUCAUGAUGGAUGAUAUCGGGGGUGGCUCUGUCAACCGAGCGAGACUCGGACAUCUCUGCCGCCGGAAUCGCACAUCGGUCUAGUCUUCCUCCAUGACGCCGGUUUACGUCUACAGAGUUGGCUGCCGUGACAGUAUCUCGACUCCGUACAUGCCUACCCUCCUCCCCUUAGAUCACCCUCGAUGCCUGGCAUUGACUCCAAAUCUUAGAGUAUCUGCAUCUACAUCCUAGACAAUCAUCCGAGGCAGCCCACGACAUGUCGAUACUCCUAGACACGACUCUCGACGAGCUCUACGCCCUGGACAGCGACGGGCCCCAUGGGAUCAUAACGGCCUACCCUCACCCCAGCCAGUCCGAGCGCCAGACGCCGCACCCCUUUUCCUCCUCGCACUUCCUGUACGGCAUCACCUUCCCCAACACCACUGCCCCGAACGCCAUGCAGAACAUGCUGGAGCGCGGCAUCGCCCAGCGGUACUCCUUCAUCGCGGGGCCCGCACCGGUGGUUCUCUUCGACUCGCUGCCUUCAACCACCACCGCCGCAGCGCAGCAAACCCUCCAAUCCGCCGCCAUCGGCGAGAUCCAGACCCUCCACGCCCAACUGCACCCUUCCCAACGCCCCCAACUCCAGUUCCCUGCGUAUGCUGAGAAUAUCCACCUGCCCCGCGGCACCCGCAUCGCCAUCAUCGUCCCCCAGGACGAACUCGCCCAUCUCCCGCAUAUCAUUCCGGCGGAAACCCACUACCAGCUGCUCAGCAAACGCUGGCUCGCUUUGUCGCCGCUGCCGACCCUCCCCUCCACCAUCAUCGACCCUCGCCUGAAUCUCCCCGCCGCAGCCACAUCCCCCGACCACCCGGCGGUGGAGCAAGAAAUCCAGCAGAUGCUCCACCCCCUCCACACGCACCCUCUCCCCUUCGUUCUCAAGGUCUCCAUCGCCGCCUCCGGCCGCGGCACCUUCAUCAUCCGCACCGCCACCGACCGACAACAAGCCUACACCCAGCUGCACACCAUCCUCCAGACCUCCCUGCCGCACCUCACCCCGGACAACGCCCACCUCUACCCGCUCACCCUCCUCCUCCAGCCCUACGUGGCGGGCCCGGCCCACGGGGUCAGCUUCUUCCUUACCCAGACGGGCCGCGCGAUCUUCCUCGCCGCGUCGCGCCAGCAGUUCAACGCGCAGGGCCAGUGGGCGGGCGGAUGGGUGUCGUAUCCGGCGCAACCCGCCUUACAGCAGCAGUACGAGAGGACGAUUGCGCAGUUGGCGGGGGUGUUGCAUGCGGAGGGAUAUUAUGGGCCUGUGGGGGUGGAUGUGAUGGGGCAGGAGGAAGACGGGGGGCAGGUGAUUGUGGAUGUGAAUCCGCGGGUGACGGGGUCGUAUCAUUUGGGGUUGCUGCGGGGGCAUUUUGUGCGUCGGGGGUGGGAGGAGGCGGCGGUGUUGUCGCCGUUGUAUGUUCGGGGGGAUCGGAAGGGGUUUGAGGAGAGGUUUGCGACUGCAGUCAAGGAGGGGCAGUUGAUUGUUACGGCGUGGGUACAAAGCGAGGACAAGAAGGCUGGGGGUUGGAGUUAUGCGGCGGUUACGGUGGGCGGGGAGGAUGCGGAGCGAUUGCGGGAGUUGGUGGGGGAGGUGGAAAGGUAUGUUGCUGGUGGUGAUGAUUGAUAUGAUUUCCCCAGUUGGUAUGGAUCAUGCGUUAAGAGUUAAGUAAGCGCAGUAGUUUGCAAAUAGAACAAGGAGGGGGAUACUCCUCCUAUAUACUACACUCCACAGCAGAACAUCGCCCGCAGUCGAUCCCACGGCCGUGGACUCGCCAUCCACUGCGCCUCGCCCACUCCCCAUUU